AUGUUGGAGAGUGAAAAGGAGGAUGAGGACGUCGAGGAAGAAGACGAAGACUUGACCCAGAUGGUUGCUUCCCGUGUUAGUAAAGUCUCUCAGUUGUUGAACGGUCCUGCAACCAAGGAAAGGCAGAAGCGUGGCAAGAAUUUUACUCCAGAGGAAGACGAGUUGCUCUCCAAAGCCUGGGUUUCCACCACCAUGGAUUCGCGCAAUGGGAGUGACCAGAGACAGUCCGACUUCAACAAGAAACUGUACUCCAACUUUCAAGACUUGGUCGAGGAUGUCAAUGGAGAUGAGAGUCCUCCUUGUCCUCCCUUGCCCAUGGACCGGAAGCAAAAGAGUGUGGUUGCUCGCUUCGCAACAAUCAAGCAUGGCGUCAACAAGUUCAUUGGAGUUGUCAAGAUGAAUCCAAUCAGAUCCGGAGAGACCCCAGAACAACACUUGGAGCGUUGUUGUGCCAUCUACCAAGAGACUUAUGGUUCCAAGUUUCUUUUUCUUGAUUGCUACCACGUUCUCGAAGAAUGUCCCAAGUUCUCGGCUGCUGAAGAAACCGGUAAGACCAAAGCAAAUGGUAAGAAGGCGAAGAAGCACAAGCGUUCCCAAGGAAAGAGACAGAAGGCUUUGGAUGACCGCAUCCAGAGGAUGAUUGACAAUCAAGGCCUUGGAAACAACAAGGCAGAAUCCAGGGCCGUACAGGAGGCCGGGUCAGUCAGUGAAGCGAUUGGACAAAUCUUAACUCACCUUGUUGAUCAAGUGGCUGUUUCGCAAUGGGGUACCCAAGACAAAGAAGAGUACUUUCGCAAUGAUGCCUUGGAAAAGAAACUCUUGCAGCAGCGACGUAUUCUCAAGUUGAAGAAGGAAAUCGAAGAAAUGCAGAAAGACAACCAGGUAUCCAAGAGCAAGAGUUCUUCCAGCAGUGAUGAAGAAUAG